GUUCUUGCUUACUUUCUGUACCACCUUCCUCCAAUGUUGAUGUAUGAUUAUUUAUAAUCAUACAUAUAUUAUGGAUUUUGGUGUGCACAUACUCUCAGUUGGGUAAUGAUCAUAGUGCCUUUCAAAAACUUUGUCAAACAAAAGCUAAAGUCGCAGCAUGAAAAGCGGUUUUGAUGUGGUACAAAAUUUAGUUGGAACUGGAGAUAAUUUGAGUGUUUGGAACGGUAGAGGAGCAGGAUUUGCGCCAAAUGCCAUAUUCCCAUCCGUCUUUUUGGCGCGAAAAUCAAUUAACCUUAGUAAAACAAAUUAGGGUUUUCAAUUUUGUAGAGCUCGAAAUAUCACUUUCAUUAAGCUAGUGGAUUUUUCACACUGCAUCAAGAAUGGCUACCACACGUGCUUCGAAGCGUAGGCGCUUGAACGGGAACGAACUUAAAGGAAAAGAAGAAGAUAAACAGGUAGAACAAAUAAUGGAAACUGGUACUGGAAAAACAAUUGAGAAGUUAUCGACGGGGGAGAAUAAAGGGAAAUCACCUUUGGUUGUCUUUGCUCAUGGCGCUGGUGCUCCGUCAUCCUCUGAUUGGAUGGUUAGAUGGAAAGGCAUGUUGGCCAAGGCAUUGAAUGCUGUCGAAGUAGUAACUUUUGACUACCCUUACAUUGCUGGAGGAAAACGGAAGGCUCCUCCCAAGGCGGAAAAAUUGGUUGAGUUCCACUCCGACAUUGUGAGAAAGUCCAUGGCUAAGUACCUUGGCCAUCCACUGAUCUUGGCUGGGAAGUCCAUGGGAUCGAGUGCACAGAGUCCUCCUUGUAUAUGCAGGGUCAGCUGCAUGGUAGCAGGUGGAGAAAAUAUAGCUGCUGCAGCUGUUAUUUGUUUGGGAUACCCAUUAAAGGGCAUAAAUGGUGCAGUUCGAGAUGAAAUGCUGUUGCAACUUACAGUCCCUGUUAUCUUUGUGCAGGGUAGCAAAGAUGGUCUCUGUCCACUAGAAUUGUUGGAAGUUGUAAGGAAGAAAAUGAAUUCUGUUACUGCUUUGCAUGUGAUCGAAGGUGGUGAUCACUCGUUCAAGAUUGCAAAGAAGCAUCUACAGUCUAUAGGAUCGAACCAAGAGGCAGCAGAAGAUCAAGCCGUUCAGGCCAUUGCGACUUUCAUAUCUAGUAAUCUAGAUGAAAGAUGACCAUUCGAUGCUCAAGCUUUUUUUGAACCUUUAAGGUGAAAUGAACCAUAGUAUGUGUUAUCUCUUGUCUUGGCAUUUUCUCUACAUACUUUAUUGCCUUUUGCAAUGGUAGUCAGUCGCAUAUUUUGUUUUGUUGGUUUGGGAAUAUUGCGCCUGUGCUCUAUGGAAAUUUUAGUUACGGAUGUGCAUCAUUUUGUAAAUUUGAUAGUAAUUCCUUUUUUCAA